AUGGCGAUGGACCCCUCUACUGAAUACAGUUUCGGCCACUGGAUGAGCAGCUCCGAUGUCACCAAAGCUGAUAUAAACAAGCUGAUCAUGGACUAUUUGAUCACCGAGGGGUACCCAUCGGCUGCUCAGAAGUUCGCUGCCGAGGCCAAUAUUCAGCAAAAGGCAGACUUGACAGCUAUCGAGGAAAGAGUACGAAUCAGGGAUUCCAUACAUCGCGGAGACCUGCAGCAGGCGAUUGAGCUGAUCAACGACCUCAACCCAGAACUCUUGGACACGGACAAGAAACUUCAUUUCUCGCUUCUGCGUCUCCAACUCGUAGAGCUCAUCCGUCUCAGUUUCAACUCUUCUGAUCAAACUCUUGUCGGGAAUGCUAUCGAAUUCGCCAUGCACAACCUGUCACCAUACGUACCACUCGAUCCACAAUUCAAGACCGACUUGGAGCGAGCAAUGGCCCUGCUAAUAGUCCCAAAAGAAUCAUGGGCAAAGGCAGCAACUGCAUCAGGAUCUGCGCAGGCGGUCAACGAUUUCGGUGCUCUCGCCGAGCUAGUUGACCCCUCUUUGAGACAGAAAGUCGCCAAGGAUGUCAACGAAGCCAUUCUACAGUCUCAAGAUCAGAAGAGAGAGGCCAACAUUCGCUACCUGGUGAAAGUACGUACUUGGGCUGAACGACUUGCCCGGGAGAAGCGACUUAAUAUACCGGAAGAUCUCGCUUUUGAUGCCGAUCCCGACAAGGCCGCAAAGGAGGACCAGAACGGUCACAACGGAGACACUGAGAUGACUGAAAACGGCAGUGAGGAGAACGGCGGUGGAGACGCCGAGCUUGCUCGAUAUACGAACAUUCCGUCUUGA